AGUGUGACAGUCGUUUUUCACUGGAGCACUGAAGUCGAUAUUUCCGUUGUUUAGUUCACUUUGCACUUUAAAACAUUUAAAUCAAAGCAGAGGCCGAGCGCUACUGUAUUGUUUGCGUUAAAUUACUUCUGCUUUAUUAGCUUUGGGGCUCUUUGGCCCCUGUUCAUCUGUUUAAGUUGUGAACAAAUUUCAUAUCUUUCUUGUAUUCUCGUCGUGGUGAGAUUUAAACAGCAUUUUUCCAGCUAUGGCAGCGAAGGGGGCUAAAGAGACUCUUGUGAAUAAACUGGGCUUUAAAAGCAACAACAGCUCAAAGUCAGUGGAAAUAGAGAUGGAGAAACUGAAGAGAGAGAAUCACCAGCUGAAGAAAAGUCUGGAGCAAAUCAAGAGAAAUGGAAAACAGCAGCACACACAUUCAGACUCUGAUAGAGCCAAACUUCUCGAGAGGAUUUUAGCUCUGGAAACAUUGAGGGAGAAGAACUCUCAGCAGCUGCUGGGGAAAGACCAGGAGAUCUCCAGCCUCAGACAUCAGCUGCGAGCUUCACACGGGGAGAUGGCAUCCUCACUGCUGAACCAGCUGGAUCAGAAACAACAAGAGGCAGAGCAGAGAGAGAUACAGUUUCAGGCUCUCUCAAAGGAGACCGAAGACCUGAAAAACAAGUUUUGUGCAGUUUCUGAGAGGUGUGAUGCACUGGAGAAACAGAAGUCUAAUUUACAGGUUCCAUCUGGAGAGCUUGCAGUGGUGCAGGAUCAGUUACGAGAUGCUCUGGAGAAAAACCAUAACUGGCUUGUUUAUGACCAGCAACGGGAGGCCUAUGUUCAGGGGGUUCUGGCCAGGAUCAAGGAGCUGGAGACACAGUUCUACGAAGCCAGUCAAGCACUUCAACUGUACAAAGAAGCCAAUUCAGAUGGCCAGUCCGGGCAGGUGGCCCAGCAUGAAUUGGAGACUGAACGGGCCCGGGCCAGCAGAAUCCAGGCAGAACUUGACAAUUUGAGAGGGAGGUAUGAGGAGAAGAGCAGGGAGGCGACUCAGGCACGGGAGCAGCUGCUGGAGGAGAGGAGAAGUGGACGGGAGGCUGUGCUUGAGGAGAGGAGUUGUUCAGCAGAGCGAAGCACCCGACUGCAGAGUGAGCUGGAGACGGUCAAUUCCAGACUGGAAGAGGAGAGGAAGAGGGUGGCCGAGCUAAUGCUGCAGGUGAACCUACUGCAGAAAUCUCUGAACCAGCAGGAAGAGCACAACAGAAUCGCUCUGUUGGAGCAACAGAUCCACUUGUCAGCUAGAGAGUCUGAAAAUGAAAAACUGGACCGACAAACUUUACAGCAACAACUGCACAAAGUUUUGAAAGAGCUGCGUAAAGCCAGAGACCAGAUUACACGACUGGAGUCUUCUAAACAGCAGAGAGAGUCUCGUUUCUCGGAGCCCAGCACCUAUAACAGGACGGAUUUUGAGAGAUUGACUGUUCAGGAUCGAACCACAUCUCCAUCUAAAGUCCAUAACAUACUGGAUGAGAGUAUCCUGGAGUGUCCAAACUGUGGCGCUUCCUACCCUACCAGUCAACACAGAGAACUUCUCGCCCACCUCGACUACUGCUUCAGCUGAAACUCUCACAAAUACAACAGAAUUUUACCUGCUCCUUGCCACUCUAUAUAAAUAUUGUUUAUUAUUUAGAGCAUUUUUGUUUUAGCUAGUUUUAUUGUAGUCACAACUCCAAAGAAGUCUCUCAGUAUUUUAUAUUAUCUGCCACUUUAUUUUUUCCCCAGCCAAAUAAGUGGUGUUUUGAGUUCUUGAAUUUGAAAUGUUUGGAGGUGAUUUUCUUAGGGUAUUCAUAAAAGAAUGUGUUUACAUGGGUAUAUUUUAAAAAAUGUUUUUAUUUAUGAAUUCAAAUGGGAAUGUUAUUUUCUUAGUUCUCUUUUGGUGACAAGGAUGCUGUUUUCAGAGCAUUUCGCAAUCAUUUAUUGCCUUAAUAAUCAACAUUAAGGCAAUAUUAACUUUUUACUUUCUUUUAUUGUAACUGAUUUUUCUCAUCAAUAUUGCACUUGCAAAAUAACCAGGAAUGGUGAAACCCUUUUAUACUGAAUUAUCUGCUUGAAUUAAUUAAAAGGAGAAGACAUAAAAAUGAAAAAGUUUCUCUGUUCAUGUAUCCUCAUGAUGGCUCUGAAGUGUUACUUGUGUAGGAAAUACUCAUUACUGGCCAUCAGACCUGACUUUGCAAACCAGAUCUAGCAUGAAUUAGUUUGCAUGUGUAAAUCCUGCAUUAAACUAUUUAAAGAUGGGAUUAGGUGAAGCUGCAUUAUCCGUAGGAGAAAGAGUCUAUUAAUGUUUUGAUUCAAGGAAGGUGCCAUGCAGAAGUUCGGUCUCUUUCAUUAAAUUUCAAUUUCUUUAGUGUGUUUGUCUGUAACCCAUUUUUAUUUUUUACUAUAUCCAGGGUGUGAUGUUAUAUCCAAACCACAAUGGGUAAUGACCCUUGAUCCUUUCUCAUAAUUCUAUACAACAAUCAUCUUUAUCUAUUAUUGAGUUUAUAUAUAUAUAUAUAUAUAUACACGACAACAUACAUUUUACAAUGCUAACGAAAGAAGUGAAGCACCAAGUAUCUCUAGAACCACUACUGCGGGGCAUAAGCAAACUUCCAGUGGGGCUUCCUAGAUUACUUAAAAUGAUUUUGUACGAAUAUUGAAAUUAAUGAACUUAAUUAAAAUGUCUAAAAAUCAAAAUUUUAGAAGUACAACGUGUAAACUGACAUCUUGUUUCUUAUUUUAAUUAAACAAAUUCCUUCAAAAACUGUUGUUUUUACUGAAGAACAUACAGUUCUUGAAACUUCUGGGAUCACAUAAUUAUUUGCGAUUAAUUGUUUUAAUCUUUUGCUCUUCCAAGUUUCUGUUAAUGAAAACAACUUUGAAAACAAGCAGCUUUGUCAUUACAGCAUGAAGCACCAGAGGAAACCUCUUUUUAAUUGGGUCUUAGACAAUAGUGACCUGGAAUCAAAUCUAAGGAACACUUUUACUUAGGUAUUAUUUAUGUAUCUUUUGUAGUUUACUUUUCAAUAAGUGAAAAUACAUUUGUCCACUGUAUGUUUGUUCAUUGGUAACACCCAUGCAGCUCUACUGUGACUAUUUCUAAGAUUAUUUAAAAUUAAAUUUUGCAGUUAUUACAAGGAAAUAUGUCUCAUGAUUAUGCAUAAUAUUGUGCAUUAGGGAUAUUAAUUUAUGCACAUUAAUAGCCUCAUGACAAUGCAUAAUUUUAUGCUUUAUGUUAAUUUAUGCAUAUUCAUUGUUAAUGCAUUAAAUUAUGCAUAGGCCUAUUAAUAGUCUCAUGAUUAUACAUGAUAUUGUUUAAUAAACAAUAUUAUGCAUAAUCAUGAAACUUUAUGUAAACUACCAUUCUUAAAGUUAGUAGAGAAAUUCGGAGAAAUAGGUGCACAGUAUAACCUAUGAUGUGUGCAUACAUGUGUGCAAGUGUGUUUUAUACACCUCAGCCUAAUUCAAAUUCAAAACAGUUGAUUUAGAUUAUUGUUUUAAAAAAAGUAAUAUUCUUUACUAACCUAAAAAAUGCCUUCAACUCUAAAUGCAUGGGGUUUACUACAACUCUCCCAAAAUACAUGAUUAAAAAUGAACAAAGAUUGGGAAUGAUUUUAUUCUUGUUUUGAUGUAAUAAAUAACUACAUAUUAAGAAAAAUAUUAAGAUAUUUUUUCCUUAAUGAGUUAAAAACUUCCCUCCUUCACCUUUUAUUUCCUCAGAGGCUGAUUUUAUGUGUGCUGACCCCAGCUGAACACAUGUUCUGUAUCAUGGUCCAAGUUGCACAACAAUUUUGGUUAGAAGAAAAAAAAGUUUGAGUGUGCCAUAGAUAAAAGCCUAAAUGACAUUGAGAUGCAUUUUCUGGCUUUGAGUUCAAUAAUUAAAAUAAGAGUAUUAAUAUAUAUAUAUAUAUAAAAAUCAUGUUUUAUGAGAAGUUUAUUUGAAAAAGGAAAGUUAGGUUACACCAUACAUCUAUUGUACAUUAAACAACGGUUAUGACACAUUUUCCCAUUUGCUGUGUGCAAAAUUCUUGUUUCUUCUGUGUUAUGUUAUAUACUUUGUAUUUACAUAUCAGCUAGAAGGCUAAAACUGGAAAGA